AUGCACCACAACCGACAAGUAGAAUGUUACAUCGAAUCAUUAAAGACAACUCCUGCUUUUAUGCUAGGGCUCAUGAAAUAUCCUCCUGAAGAAGAAAGUGUUGUUAAAAACGCCUCCGUAUCUUGUAAUGUCACCCAGAACAAACCGCAAACAUUCAGUAUUCCAGCAAGUGCCUUGAGACCUGUCAUCUUUGGGGACCACCCCCAAAUGGCACUUGAUAACGAAAUUACCGAACAAAGCUACCAAUCUGGAGUCCAAGAUAUGUCGUGUGACUUCCUAUACUCAAUCGUAAAUCAGCCCAGCGAUGACCUUUGGGACGAAGGAAAAACAAUUACGUAG